AUGGUUAAAUUCAAUAUAGAAAAGAAGACUAUACUCGGAAGACUCGGAGAAAUUAAUUCAUGGGGUAAGCUGCCCAAAAUAUUUUAGAUUUCGGAACAAUUCCCCCUUUUUUAGGUCCUGUCGAAGUGAAUCAUCAGACGCCGUCGUGCAUGACCUACCUGCGAGGCGGACACAUUCCCCAUUUGACGUGGGAGGUUGCCGUAAAUCAACUUCGACCUGAUCAGACACCAAUCUACCAACUGACCCUCCCUUCCCUGGUAACGAACGCAAAAAUAAUCGAAAAGUUUGGGAAAGGUGCGCCAAAGUUUUGUGGAAUGCCCCAGAAUCCUUUGGCGAUACAUUUGACACCGAUGGAUCCGCUUGGCAAGCUCCCCAGCGGUUACAAUGACACCAAAUCGAUCGCAGUUUGGACGGCCAACGGAAAAGUUUCGUUGGAUGUGAAGACAUGGCGGAAUAUCAUCAAUUCAUUCGGAUGCACGUCUUUUGAGGUGAAUAUUUGACUGGAAAAACCGAAAAUCCAUUUUUCGUUAAGAACAUUGUGGACUACGAUACGCCAAGAGACAGUGGAACGAAAAGGCAACUGAAAGCUGCGGAUCGCACGAAAACAUUCCAUGAGCAGCUGUUCGAGCAAGACGAAAAAGUGCGCGGCGAACGAAUUGCGGCUCUGGGUGGUGGAUUCAACAAGUACUACCGAAGAAAAUGUGCAGUUGACAUUGGAUUGACAGAUGACGUGGCAGCGUAUACGGUAGAAUUCCACGAGUUCACGGAAGGGAAAGAAACAGACGAGAAGGAGAUGAAGGAGCUACUCGAAGAGACUUUUGUAAGUUUUAUUUGAAAUGCACGACGUUGAAUUUUAUUUUUCAGUCUCCACUGCCGCCAGCGAAGCUUCGCUGCAUCUCGGGUCCGUUUAACCCAAAAACUGUGCUCUUUCUCGUUCAACAAGGCCUGGACCUGUUCGACUCUUCAUACACCAUCAAAUUAGCAGAAGAGGGCAACGCAUUCUGUCUCGCCGACGACUAUCCGAAGUCUGCCAACUACGAGUUGGUUGAUUUCAACAAUCCCAAGUACGCGGACGACUUUACGAAGCCAUUUGAGAAUUGUACUUGUUACACGUGUGAAAAGUACACAAAAGGAUAUCUGCAACACCUUCUGAAUACAAAGGAAUUAUUGGCGUCCAUUCUGCUUGUCAUGUAAGCGAAACACUCGAAAUUUGACUGGGACAUGAAUUUUUCAGUCACAAUAUGUCCGAAUACAACCGAAUGUUCCGGCUCAUCCGUACGUCGUUAGAAAAUUGCGAGGCGGUUUGA